AUGUCCUCGUAUAAACCCCCGGUCAAUCGGGAAAUGAAGGAAUUGGAUCGUUCGUUUUUCCGUAAAACGAUACCGCUUCAAGCAGCUUAUUUUCCCCAACCAAAAUAUUUAGGACAAUUUGUUAAAGCUUGUCAACCUGAUAUCUUUUAUGUGCGCAAUAUCAAGCAUAUCGUCGAUUUCGAUGAUUCGAAAGCAGUGUUAUUGAGAGAGGGGGUGGAGAAAGUACUGGACUUAGCGGAAAAGACACAAGAGAAAGUAAAAGAGUUUAAUCUUGAUUUAAGACCUUACCUCCUCGAGCUCGAUUAUUCAUUUUGGAAGAGCGAAGAGAUUUUGCAAGCAAUUUUGCCCGAACAUUUAGUUGAGGAGAUUCCAAGCGGGUACAGUCAAGCGGGACAUCUUGCCCAUUUGAAUUUGAGGGAUGAGUUCAAACCAUAUGGUAAACUAAUAGGUCAAGUCAUUAUGGACAAGAACCCAUCAAUAAAAACAGUUGUUGAUAAAAAGGACACAAUUGCCAAUAAAUUUAGAACAUUCCCGUUGGAGCUUCUUGCUGGAGAGGAUAAUUUUGUGGUAGAGCAAAAUGAAAGUGGGUGUCGUUUCAAGUUUGAUUUUAGUAAGGUGUAUUGGAACUCGCGUCUUAGUACUGAGCACGAAAGACUAGUCAAUAAGUUCGGAAAACACGAGGUUGUUGGUGAUGUCAUGGCCGGUGUAGGUCCAUUUGCAUUGCCUAGUGGUAGAAAGGAAACAAUUGUUCUCGCUAAUGAUUUAAACCCAGAGAGUUAUAAAUACCUUCGAGAAAACAUAGCGUUGAACAAAGUUGACACGUUUGUCAAACCAUGGAACUUGGAUGGACGUGAGUUUAUUGAAAGGGCAGCAGAAUUGCUAGAAAACUUGGCAAAUAAGGGUCCAUUGAAAAACACGACUGUGAAAAGGUCCAAAAAUAAUAAAUUGAUUACCACUGAGGAUAUACCCGUGCCCAAAUUUUACCACCAUUUUGUCAUGAACUUACCUGACUCAGCUUUGACUUUUCUUGAUGCUUAUGUUGGCCUCUAUUCGAAAUUCCCACAAAUUCGCAAUGAGCCCGGGUUUAAACUACCAUGGAUUCACGUUCACUGCUUUGAGAAAUUUGAAAGUGGCGAAGACCCGACAUUGAAAGAGUUAAGUAGAAGACUAUGGAAUAAGAUUUGCAAGUUGAUUGAUUAUGACUUGGAUAUAACAAAGAUGGAGUUUCAUCAAGUACGAAUGGUGAGUCCAACGAAGCCAAUGUUUUGCGUUUCUUUUGAAUUACCCGAGGAAGUGGCUUUUAGAAAGUAG